CUCCAAUCCAACAUCUUUGCCACUUAACUGACACUACACUGUUUACCCAAAUUAUUACGCCAUCAUGAAGUUCUUGUUUGUUCUUCUUCUCACUGCAUCUACCGCGUAUGGCUGCGGAGACAACGCAUACAGAUGCAAACACCCUGACAAGUCAGUCAAUGAUAUGUGGAAGGUGACGCACAGAAUCUGCGAUGAAUUGAAAGAAGAUGACUGUUAUUGUUCCCACUGGGCUGAAUACUAUUGUGAUCCCUCGGGCGAUAACAUCAACGAGUUCAAGCGCAGAUGCAAUAAUGAGGGCGAGAACUGGUACUGGUCUGAAUGUUAAAGCAAGAGUCUUGAGAACGAGAUUGUGUGAGUGUUUGGUGGCGCUGCUAUCAAUGGACGGGCACAUGGUUUUGAUGCCUCAUUUUUGGGGGCUUCACUACACUCCUGGUCUUAAGUUGGAUGUGUGAACGAAGGGGAUCUUAGCAGAGAUGUAUAUAGAUUUAGGAUUCCUGUCCGUUUGAUCAAAUCAAUAUACAAUCGAUUCUGCUAAUCUCGCCAAUUGGCUCUC